CUCCCCCGUCCUCCAUUUGUGGUGUUGAUAGUGGAGGUGACUGUGGUGACGGGCAAGCUUCUUCACUAUUACGUAUUACAGCGGAACUAGAGGAAGAAACGUGCAUGGCGGUUUGGCAGAGGGUUAAAAAUAGCUCUUACAUACGUUUGUUAACAUAGAAGAAAGGAAUCUAAGGAUUAUUCUUUUAUUUGUGGAGUUUUUUUGGCAUUAUAUGAAUACUCAUUGCUUAAAAUGCUUAAAAACUGAAAACAAUAAAUAAAAUCGAUAACAUGAAGCGGUACUUAAUUACAAAAAAGAGCUCGACUGCCUAAACUGAACUCUGCGGGUGUUUACACUCUAGAGUGAACUCUGUGAGAGAGCCGCUAGUGUGUGUAAGUCGUCAUCCACUUCGGGUUAGUCGCUGCCAGUCCUGUCGCACUUAACUGGGAGAACAUGCCCACAAGGUGCCUCUUGUUGGUUUUAGUGGGUGUGGGCGUGGUGUGGGCAGCGCCAGCUGAGAAUGUGGGCGAGGUGUGGGCAGCGCCAGCUGAGAAUGUGGGCGAGGUGAGGGCGACGCCAGUUGAGAGUGUAGGCGAGGUGUGGGUUGCGGCACCUGAGAAUGUGGGCAAAGUGAGGGAGGCGCCAGCUGAGAACGUGGACGAGGUGAGGGCGGCGCCAGCUGAGAGUGUGGACGAGGUGAGGGCGGCGCCAGCUGAGAGUGUGGGCGAGGUGAGGGCAGCAGCAGGCGAGGACUGCCCACAGGUGUGUACCUGUGAGCACGCCCCACUCAAGGCAGCCCCAUUCGUCCUCACCUGGAUGACUUCCUGGGGCGAGGACGAUCUUCCAGAGAUUCAUCCCAAUGAGGCGACAGAGGGGCAGGACGCAGUGAGGUCGACGACAGCGAGCGACGCUGGCGUGGGCGUGGGUGUGGUGGGCCUGCACGCCACCUGCGCCCUAAUGCCAGACACUAACCUCACCCACCUCUUCCACGCCCUCCCCACCGCCACCAUGGUGUUGACGGUGUUGCAAGCAGCAGGGAGUAAACUGGUGGUUGUGGAGGCUGGGCAGCUGACCCCACUGAAAGAGCUAAAGGCACUACACCUCCAGGGUUACGCCAGACGUCGUGCCAAGCAGGUCUCCGGUUAUGUUCCCAACAGAGUGUUGCAGAUGGUGGAACACAAGGAGGAAAUAACCAAGAUAGAAAAUGAGGAAGAACAAGAUUUACUCCUGGCACUAUCCGAAGAUGCUCUAAUCCCACUGACUAAUCUACAGCUGCUGGAUCUGCAAUAUGUGCGUCUGGUGGCAGGCAUGGAAGGGGGACGCCCUCGGCGACAGACGGAGCCAUUGUCCACUUCCACUCUCCUCGACAUGCCCCUUCCGUAUUUCCUUUCCCUCACUGAUCAAUUACAAGACCUAGACCUUCCUCCUGAAUUUCUAUCCGGACUGCCUCCCUCACCCCCCGUCGCUGACCCCAACACGGAGCUCGAGUUUGCGCUCCUAGAAGAUAAUGAAGACAACCUAGUGUCUUAUGAGGUGUUCAAGUCAGAGGCCGAGGCUGUUUUAGCACCGUUCACGGCACAGAAGCAGCUGAAGUACCUACGUGUUGCUCAUGCUAAACUGGAUCGUGUAGGUCCCGAGUUGCUGACGGGGCUCGGCAAACUGCACACCCUUACUCUGGAGCAUAACCAGAUCAGAGUCCUGCCUAAUGCAAUGUUUACCCCUACCCAUCACAUCAGACAUCUCUCCAUUGCACAUAACAAUAUACUCGCUCUUGAGGGAUACAGUCUAGUUGGCCUCGAGGAAUUGCUAACACUCGACUUGGAUUACAACAAACUGGAUAGACUUGGUCCAGCUAGCUUUCCACGUCUCCCUCAUUUAGCCACCCUGCGGCUCCUUGGUAAUCCCCUCACUCACGUCUUCCCCUUCUCCUUCACCAAUGUAAACGCCACCGAAAAACUUCUCCUUGGCUCACGUCAGGUGUCAGCAGAGAUACACAUUGACACCUUCAGGCAGCUCGGGUCAUUGACGAAGUUACAGCUGGAGAACACGACGCUGUUAUCCUUGAGCCGGAUGCUGCUCGAGGGAAUGCCAUACUUGAAGGAGCUCUCUAUACAUGGUCACGUACCAUCAAUUGACUUUGAUGCCUUCACAGCAACCCCUAAUCUGGAAUCCUUAACUCUCAGUAACUGCCAUUUGACUAGACUCUCCCUCGAUGCCUUCUUCGGCCUCAAGAACCUCCGGUACCUGGACCUGAGUCAUAACGGGCUGACGGAGCUCUCUCCUGGUACCUUUGACCACCUCUCAAGUCUCCGGGAGCUUUACCUCCAUCACAAUAACCUGACGACGCUUCCCCUGGGUAUCUUCCUUCCUCUCCCGGCCAAGCUCAUCCAGCUGUACGAGAACCCAUGGCACUGUACCUGCGAACUCCUCCAGUUGAGACCAACCCUCACCUUAAAGGUGCGGCAACCUGGCUACACGACCUGCCGGUGGGAGGAGAAGCUUGGGACGGUGUGCACGGAGCAGCGCCCUGGCCGCCUUAGAUAUGACUCCCGGGUGGCUCCCCUUUGCUCCACGCCCUUACAACACAGGCACCAAGGCGUCUUCUCCGUCACCAGCCGCCAACUCAAGUGCCCCAAGCACCUGUGGUACCCGCGACUCCUACGUCGCGCGCGCAAACUUUCCCGUUUGCAAGAUCGUGGCAACAACAAAGUGGCUACAGAGAAUGCCGAGGUUCCUCUGGCAGUGGAGAAAUCUAACUGGAUGCCUCUUACGGCCUUCUCCUCCCCACCUCUCGAAAUAAAAGAUUUAUUGAACAUCGCGGAAGCAGAGAUGCCCGAUGAAGCCUUUGCUCCACUUUCUGACGAGGACUACGAUGAGGCUGAGGAGGAUAGUGGAAAUGGAAAGGCGGAAGAAGAGGUGGUGGAAGAAGAGGAGGAGGAAGAAGAGGAGGAGGAAGAGGAGGAGGAGGAGGAGAGCAAUGUGUUGACAGCACAGCUGACCCAUGACUUGGAGCAGCUGCAACAUCAGGCAGCUAGAGAGCGUCUUUCUCCUGGUAGGAAUACUUUUAAAGCCUCACACCUCGACAGUCGUCGUCGCGAGAAACAAAAAAUGAAGAUGAAGAUUGAAGCCGACAGACAAAGAUUUCUGCGAGCUCGACAAGCUAGCAAACACCAGCUCAAAAUUAGAUUAGCAGCAGAGAAGCAGAAGAUGACGGAUAAGGUGGAAGCUGAGAGGUUGCGGGAGCAACAGAGAAAGGAAGCGGAGAUGGAAGAGUUCCUAAAAGAGCAGAAGCUCUAUCAGAUCGUGGCCCAGCAGGACAAACAUACCUAGUUUGCCUCUCUUUACUACUUCCUUCCAAUACAAUCUUUUAACAACUUACCUUUAGUCUCAACAUUUUCCCACCAGGAAAUACUCGUCCAUAGUACGGGUGGUCAACAGUUGAAUGCACUGAAUAAGUUGUAGACGCCACCUCCAGAUUCGACAAAUAACUCUAAAAUAAGAAAACUAAAAUAUAACGCAACAGGUACAACAAGGUUAGAAAGCGGGGCAUAAAGAGCUAAACCUCGCUUCUUCGUAGUCACUGUUUGAUGACGACCACA